CGCAUUUUGCUCUCCAAGCAAUGGAAACUCUACGCUCCCGCAUCUUUUCACGAGAAUGACAGAUGCCUGUGAAGACCUCGGGCACCCUCGAUCGAGGUGCACGUUUGUCAUCUGCAAGAAAGUCCAUCUCUAUCGGUUUUCUGUGGCUUUCAUGAGACUGCCACUCACUUCCUCAGCAUACGAAGGCUGUGGAUGCGAAUUGGUGACAACGCUGCUCUUCUCUGCUCCAUCUAACUGUGAUGUUACGGUCUGACAAACCGUCUAGGUUGAAGGGUUUCUAAAUAACUGUUUGUACAACUCUGCGCCCGCAGGCAAGUGGAGGGGCAAGAUACGACGUGUUUGAAAGUGUCAAAAAAAAGAAGAAUCAGAUGAGAGGAAGAAGGAAGUAGAAAGCAGUGGGUUUGACUGUAAAGAAUGUAUUGUGCGCGUGGGUGCAUGUGAAAGAAAGAAUGUGUGCGAGUGUGUCUACAUGCGUGUAAUUUCUGCUAUUUUUGAAGAAAUGUCUUUAAGACUACCUCGGAACUGGGACUUCAGCACCUUCAGAGCGGAGACUUCCAAGAUAGCUCGAUCUAAGAGUGUUAUUCCAGGGGAAGGAAGCCCUGGGUCCACUCACACUGGAUCUAGGAGAUCAAUGGAGAAACCUCUGAAGACAGGCUGGCUGAAGAAGCAAAGAUCUUUCGUGAAGAACUGGCAGCUACGCUUCUUUGUGUUGAGAGGAAACGUCCUCACGUAUCAUAAAGAUGAUAAAGAAAGUGCUCUUCAGGGAACCAUCCCUUUGUUCUCAUGCCAAGUAAAUGAGCUGCCAUCAAAUGCAGAUGAUAAAUUCUUGUUUGAGAUCAUCCCAGGUGGCACUACAGAUCGGGAGCGGGAUGCGUAUGUUCUCAUGGCGACUAGUCAGAGUGAGAUGGAGGAGUGGGUGCGCUCCAUUCGCAAAACCAUUGGAUCUCGGUCCAGUGGAGUAUUUGGAAAGAGUCUACCAGACAUCAUGGAGUACGAGAAGAAAUUUGGAUCACACCUGGUGCCCAUCUUGGUGGAGAAGUGUGCAGAAUUCAUCCGAGAGCACGGUCUCAAUGAAGAGGGCAUCUUUCGCUUACCGGGACAGGACAACCAGGUGAAGCAGUUCCGAGAGGCCUUUGAUGCCGGAGAGAGACCCUCGUUCCCCAGUGACACAGAUGUCCACACUGUGGCGUCCUUACUCAAGCUGUACCUCAGAGAGCUUCCCGAGCCUGUUGUACCGUGGACCCAGUAUCAGGAUUUCCUGGACAGCACUUUGUUGUUGGACGCAACCACUGCAGCAGGUAAAGAGAGACUGGAGAAACAGAUCAGCUUUCUGCCAAAAGUGAACUACAACCUGUUGAGUUACAUCUGCAGAUUUCUUUAUGAGGUCCAGAGGAAUUCAAAGGUGAACAAAAUGAGUGUGGAGAAUCUGGCCACUGUGAUGGGAGUGAACCUAUUCAAACCUCAGGUGGAGGACGCCUUUAGCAUGAUGAAGGGAACUCCCAUGAUACAGAAGGUAAUGACGGUGAUGAUCAGACACCAUGAGCUGCUCUUCCCACCCUCUGAAGAUAAGCUGCCCUCUCCACUUCCCAGCAAGAAACACAAGAGCAAGAAGACAACUAACCCUCGCAGUUUUGUGGGCUGGGAAUCUGCUGAGUGUGAGGUGUCAUCUCUUUCUGAGUCCCCGGAGGAGGAGGAAGCGGACACACCUGAGGAUGAGUGCAGAGACGUGGGGCCAUCAGAAGCUGGAUCAGGUGAUGCAGAUGAUUCCUCUCCAUUUUCCCCCGUCGACGACUCAUGGACCGGCAGCCCCAGAAAGCGGACGCAAACUCUACCCAGCUUGGGCUGUCCAGCAAAGGGCCGAGAACCGCGUUGGGAACGCUGGAGCAGGUUUCAGGAAAGCUUUAACGAGAGCGAUGAAAAGACACUCUCGGAGGACAUCUUUAAAAUCCUCGACAUCCAGAAAGAGACGAUCUUUUCUGGAGGGCAGAAAGGCAAAAAUGAAAAAGCGGAGGUGGAAAAGGAGCAAGGUUUGAAUAAAACGGGUACAGACGGUGUAAUCAGAGAGACAGAUACAAAAGCACUGGUUCAGAGCACAGGCCCCUUGUCUGAGCCUAGGCUGAGCAAAGAGGCGAGCGUGCCAAAUUUGGGACGAGAAAAACCAACAGCGGUUGAUGGUGGCACUGCUCUUCAGCAAAGCAAUGCAGGACAACCAGAAAACACAGACACAGCGCACAUCAUCAGAAGUCUCCAAGAGAAGAACAGAGAGCUGGUCGCUACAGUGGCAGAGCUGCAGGCAGCAUUGGAGGCAGAGCGACACUCUAAAGCCGCAUUAGAAAAUGUACUGCGCAAUGCAGAGCGCACCAGGGACGAAGCCCUCACACGCAAUGAGCAGCUGAACAAAGACAUUCGGAAGUUGAUCAACAGGCCCACCGCUGGACCAUCAUAGUGACAUCAUCAAGAAAACACAGAUCAAGACCUUAUCGUGUCUCGCUUCUCACAGGAUCUGUGAGAACAAUCUGGACACCUUCAUACUGUGAACUGCUUCUGGAUCUAUAAAGUCCAUCCCAUAGAUUCUGUCCAUGAUGUGACAAAAGUGAUACGGUACAGUAUAUGACACGUGCAAAAUUAGGCUACAUUUUCACAUUCAAAACGACAAAGGAAUAGUUCACCCAAAAAUGAAAAUGAUGUUAUCCUUUACUCACCCUCUUGUCAUUUCAAACCUGUAUGACUUUCUUUCCUCUGCAGAACACAAAAGAAGAUAUUUUGAAGAAUGUCGGUAACAGAGAACGGUUGGUCCCCAUUGACCAUUAGUUUUGUGUGCAUACAAUAGAAGUCAAUGGGGACCAAUGGUUUUUGGUUACCAACAUUUUUCUUUUGUGUUCUGUGGAAGAAAGAUGUUUGAAAUAAUAACAUGGUGUAUUAAUUGUGACAUUUUUGGGUGAACUAUCCCUUUAAGAUGAAAGUUGAAUUAUGCAGUAUUAGCCUGAAAACAUAAAAGGUUUAUAAAACGUGUUUAAUAACUGCCUGUUUUUUUAUUGGUGAAUCUCUGAAAAAGUAUGAACAAAUGAGCAACAAAACUAUCUCGACGUAUCCACUCCCACUGGUGCAGAACCCUGCUUAAUUUUGCUGAAAUGAAAAGUAUUUGAGGAAGGUCUGUAAUGUAUUUAGUUAAUAUAAUAUAAACAAACAGUAUAUAUUUUUUAUUUGCAUAUGUAAAUUUGUUGACGUAGACAAACUAUAUUUGAAACCUGAAUUGCAAUCACUAAUCGUUUAUUUAAAGUUGAGCUUUUCUUAAUUUUUGCUCCACACAAAGAUGACAUUCGUGGAUUUACAAAAAAUCAUAAAGUCUGGGAAAUUUGCAACCCGCUCAGAUCGCUUGGCGCCAUUGGACAUGUUAAAGAUAACUGUUGACGGUUUUUGUUUCCCCAAGAUUUUAAUUUCUUAAACUAUGACAGACAUCCCUCUUUAAUUUAUGAAAUUUGCUGAAUGACAAUUUAAAGUUUGUUUUGUUUGUUUUAAUAUUUAUGUGAUCACCAAACUGCUGGGUAGGACCAACCAGAGUUUGUGAACAGUUUGGGUGUAAAGGACAAAAAGCACCAAAUGUGGAUGUCCGUCAGUAAAUAAACAGGUUUUAUCUGGUUUGUCUUUCCU